AUGUCUGAAUCACGCUUGGACCAGUCCCUCGAGUCCAUCAUCAGCUCGAGGAAGCAGUCAGGCCGCAAGGGCCGCGGCGGCCGUCGCCCAGAUGCCGGUCGCCCUGCUGCCACCGCCGCCCCUGUCGGUGGUGUCAAGAAGUCGACAAAGCAGGCCAAGCAGCCCAAGGCAGCUCCUGCCGGCCCCGCUGCUGUCGGCGGUGAGAGCAAGAUUAUGAUCUCCAACUUGCCGUUGGACGUCGAGCAGAACCAACUUCAGGAUUACUUUGCCUCCGCAGUCGGUGUUGGCAGGCCCAAGAAGAUCCUCAUGCAGUACGGACCAAACGGCAAGAGCCUCGGAAGCGCUACCGUCAUCUUCAACAGGCCCGAACAGGCCUCCAAGGCCACCACUGCCUUGAACGGAGUUAAGAUUGACAACCGCCCUAUUCGCGUUGACCUCCUUGUCAGCGCUGCGAACGUACCCGCAACCAAGCAGUCUUCUCUUGCCGACCGCGUCACACAACCGAAAAAGGACAAGCCCAAGCCGGCAACAGCCGCAAAAGCCGCUCCUGCUGCUGGUAAAGGACGCGGGGAGGCCACCCGUGGUCGCGGUGGCCGUGGUGGCCGCGAGCGCCAGAAGAAGAAGACAAUCGAGGAGCUUGACGCUGAGAUGGCUGACUACUUCCCCACCGCCGAGGGCGGCAACGAUGUCAUGGUCAGCAACGGCGCCGAGGCUGCCCCGGCUGUUGCGGGAGGUGACACUGCCAUGGACGACGAGAUGCUCUGA